AUGAGAGCCGAUUGGGAGGACAUAGCUCCUGCAGUACCGGCUAAGGGUGAAGAUUUCGUUAUCUGUUCUGCUCACCGUUCGCGUCGAUUGGCAAAAUGUUGCAGCUGUGAGCCCGUGCGUAAUGCGGAUCGUGUUACCAUUGGAUAUACUUACCGCUGUAGAGAAGGAAUGGAGUGUGCGCGAGCAGCGGAAAGGGCCUCUCACCCCAAUCAACAACAGAACGGGACUACUUCUAAUAGUCGAACUGGCACAAUCGUGCAACCCUCGAUAACAACAGAGACAUCCACACAAGCAGGAGAUGCGGCUGGUGGUGAUAGUGUACCAGCACCUGAUGUAGAUGCUGUCCCUCAACAACAACAACAACAACAACAACAACAACAAGCCCCAAGGAGUGGUACUUCUCGUGGUCCAAACCGUUAUUAUGAUUUAACUAAUCAACGAAACACAGAUGGAACGGGGACGAAAAAAGUUUGUUGGAACUGUGGAAUGGAGGGUCAUGAAAAACCCGAUUGCCCCAAUGCGCUCUGCAAAACAUGCCAUACUACACGUAAUUACCACCACAUUUGUCAAGAACCUCAUCCUUCACCUUUUUUGAUAUUAUCUUCAACUCUUCCUUUUUCAGAUGAGAUGAAGCUUGUGCAAUGUGUCUCUUGUCACUCAGUAGGACAUUUUGAUUGUUCUCCUCGUAGUGUAGAGAAGAGUUCUUCAUGUUGUUUUUGUGGAGGAAUGGGUCAUAACGCUUUUGAUUGUCGUCAACGAAAAGAUCGAGUCCCUGAUAGGUGGGUAACUCGAAUAUUGGCAAAUGAAAAUGGCUCAAUACAAAAAGGAGGUUAUGAUGGUUCUCUUAACUUUCCAUCACGUUCUACUCCUGGGAAUACUUCUGCUAGCUAUGAUCGACAAACGUAUGGAUAUAAUGAGAGAGGUGAAUUCCCUCGUAGUGAUAACCGUUAUACAUAUGCAAGGGAAAAUGGCAACUAUGGAAGGGAUGGUAACACUGGUGGUUACUGCGCAUCAAAUUCUCACACCUAUGGUGAAAGACGACCUAAUUCAAGACAGACAGAAAAUAACUAUAAAAUGUCUUAUAGUGAGAGAGAAGGAAAUUGGGGCUCAAGACGUGGAGAAAAACGCUCCCGAUGGGAUGAUGAUGAAGAUUCCUACCACCACGGUGGCCGGACCAGCGGUCGCCGCAAUUAUGAUUGGGGAUCGGAAAGGGAUAGUAGGAGUGGUAGGAAUUACGUUGACAGUUACGCUGGAGACGGAGGGAGACGACGAACGUCAGACUCCUACCAUAAUCAUAAUCAUAACCACCACCACCACCAUCAUCGAGAUCGGCACGAAGGAGAACAACAACAACACCACCAUCAUAAACAUCGUCGCAAUUCUCGUUAUAGCCGUGAUAGUGAUGAUGAUUUCAAUGAACCCUUUUAA